AUGCAAAAACAAACCGCCAGGCUUUUAUACAUAACUUUAGGAUUUCUUGUUUGUAAAGAAUUAUUCAACUAUAAAUUGCAUGUGAUUCCUCAACCUCUUGUUCCUCUCAGCAAUAAAUCAUCAAGAAAACCCAUCUCUGUAAAACGAAAGCUCACGCCACCAAAUCUGUCUCUCAAGACAAAAAAGAAAAUUGCAAAAAAGACUCAAAAUGAAAACACAAUAACUGAAAAAAAUACCAAUGAAGAGCCACGAAAAAAUGAAGAAAUACAAAAAGAGAAACCAUUAAAAUCUGAAUUAAAAGAAAACAACUCAAAAAUAGCAAGAGGUGCUCUUAACGUCAAUUCUUCAGCAAAUAAAAAUAAAAAGAGAAUCUUUGACAGCUCUGAAGAGAAAGAAGAUGAGGAAGAAGAGGAGGAUGUAGAAAUUGACUCCUCAAUAUAUAGGCUAAUUGAUUAUCAAGAUAUUGAAGAAGACAGAGAAUUCUUAAAAGAAUAUGCAAAGAUUUAUAAGCAGAGAAUCCAAACUGUUCCUAAAAAACGAAAACCAGAAACUACAUAUCAAAAAUCAGCUCCUAGAAAAAUUGGUAAAGAAAGAGAGAUUUUCAAAGCCUUAGGGAAAGAAAUCAAUCUCUAUAAGCAAACCCAAUUUCUUGAAGAAUAUGAUACUUCUAAAAUCAUUUUAGAAGAGUAUGAUUUUGAUGCGACUGCAGAUGGAAUGAAAAAUAAAAAAAUGGUUCGAUUUGCGAUUGAUGAGCCGAAAACUGAUUAUAUGGCGAUACCAAUAUGGAGAUUUACUGUGAGAGCUGAACCAGAUAGUUAUGAAAAAGUGUUACAAGAUUUAUCGCAAAGAAAUAUCAAAGGAGUUGAAAUUAUUAGUGAUAAUCCGUCUGAUAAUUCUUUGGUUUAA